GUCGACGUCGUGCUGAACACCUCAUCCAUCACAACAUGUCGCAGCCAGCACAAGCGCUAGCCAAGGCGCCUUUCCGCCUAGGAAAGAAGAAUGUUUUUCUCCCGAACCAUGUAAUCACCUUCCACCGAAAGGACCACAACCCUCCAAACUGGGCCACCUUCGAGGUCCCCCUGCGAUUCAACAAGUUCGACAUCCGCGACUACCUUUGGAACCUCUACGGCGUCGAGACGACCGCCGUUCGCAGCUGGGUCAAGAUGCCCCCUGUUGAGCGCAAGCUUGACGGACGCGGCGCGGCCUAUCACCCCAAGUCGAUCAAGUUCAUGACCGUCGAGCUCACGCGGCCAUUUGUAUGGCCCGAAGUGCCCGAGGACCUGGAGCCCUGGAACAAAAAGCUCUGGGAUGCGCGCGAAAAGCGCCAAGCGGACCAGAAUAUCACGAGGAACGAGCAGGCAUCGGGCAAGCUCAAGUACCCCAGCAAGGAGCCCAUGACCAGCCACCGCAAGGCGGUGAAGGAGAGGGCGGAGAUGCUGCUGAAGGGACAGGCCGAGUGGAAGACGGAUGCGGUGCUGGACGAGAAGUGGGAGAAGCAGGCGUGAUGGAGGCCGAGGACACGGCGGGCGAGGGGGGGAAAGAUGUAUCAUACUGUCCAUUCAAGGCGUGGGUUGUACAACACGUGUUUCAAGCUUGGGACCAUAAAAUAAGGCGAUUUUUUUCU